CUGGCUCUUCCUCGUGGGCGUCUUCCUCCCCUGGGCUGUUCCGGAUGAGACGCCUCCACCCCCUUCGCCCCUCUCAUCCUCUUAUCGGCGAGUAAGCGGCCAACAUGGAUGUCGUCAACCAGUUGGUGGCCCAAGGGCAGUUCACAAUAAUCAAGCAACCGUUGGGAUUUAUAAAAUUCCUCCAAUGGAUCUUUGCGAUCUUCGCCUUCUCGACAUGCGGCAGUUACUCCGGCAUGUUCAAGAUGAGCGUGGAGUGUAAAAACCGGUCGGAGAGUGAUCUUGGAAUCGAAGUUGAAUUUGAAUAUCCAUUCAGGCUCCAUCAGGUUUACUUUGAUGCCCCCACCUGUAAGGGAGGGAACCCUGAGCGUCUCUUCCUGGUGGGCGACUACUCUUCCUCAGCUGAGUUCUUUGUCACCAUCGCUGUCUUCUCCUUCCUCUACUCCAUGGCGGCUCUCUCUGUCUACUGUUUCGUCCUGGAGAAGUACCGUGAAAACAACAAGGGCCCCCAGAUUGACUUUGUAGUGACGGCGGUGUUCGCCUUCAUGUGGCUGGUGUCGUCUUGCGCGUGGGCCAAAGGUCUGUCGGAUGUCAAGACGGCCACCGAUCCCGAGAGGGUCAUCACCCUCAUCACGGCCUGCGACGAACGAGAAAAUCGCUGCCGUGAAGUCCACGACCCCAAAGUCUCUGGGCUCAACACCUCUGUGGCUUUCGGCUUCAUCAACCUGAUCCUGUGGAUAGGCAACUUGUGGUUCGUCUUCAAGGAGACCGGCUGGAUGGCGGCCGUCGCGGGAACGUACAUGCCGUCGCAAGAAAAGCAGCCCGCCCCAGAUUCUUUCGCUCAGGGUGGCAGCUACGGUCAGCAGGAUCCGUAUGCCGGCUCCCAGGGAGGCUACCAGCCCGAGUACGGCCAGCAGGGGGGCUACAACGAGGACGGGGGCUACAGCCAGGGCUACGAACAGCAGCCCACUUCCUACUCCAAUCAAAUGUGAGCCUGUGUGCUGAAGCCACAGCUGCAGGAUGGGUGACCUUGUGAUUCCGGCGCUCAACCGCCGCCUGCGUUUCUGCACUCGUCUGUUAGUCUGUUUGUGUACAUGUGAGUUGGGCAAGUGGUGAGGGGAGGGUGGGGUCAUACAUGGGAGGGUGGAAAGGCCAAAAGUGGGUCAUGAACACCUUAAGGGUGCAGAAGGGGGCCAGGGAGGGGUCGGGGUGGUGGGGGGGAGGGCUCGGAGUCUUUGCUGUAACAUGAUGUUUAUUCUCGUGCUGUAUUUAACUGUAGAAGACAACAGAGGAUUGUCUGUUUGGUUAUACGAGAAAAACUUGAUACCAAAACAUUCAUUGACAUUUUAACAUUGAGGAGGAAAACAUGUCAUGGAAAAAUACUUCCAUUUUUUUGGUUGGGGUGGGGGGGGGGCUGGGGGGGUAUUGUAGUUAUAUUUAACUUGAGAGAAUGUAUUGUCUGUGCUGUGUAAAUAUCGACAUGCUAAUAUAUAUGAUUCUAUGUACCCCAUUGAAUAAUUGUGCACUCCAUAUUAGUUGUCAUACAACAAAUGUAGAGCACAGAGUUAUUCAAUUGGAUUUCCUUUGGUUCGGGAGCGCAUAGUUUGGCCUUUGACCUUCAACUCCUCUCUCAUCACCCCAACAUAAUUUUUUUUGUUUUUUUAAUUCCUGACAUCUCAGUUUGUUUUUGUCACUGUCAAUUAUUUUGUAGCUGUCGGAUGAGGAGCAAGGUGAAGGCCGAUGAAUAAAUAGGAAAAAAACUACAAAUGAGAAUUACCAAAUGUAAAUUUUCACCAGGAUGAACACGCCUGCAAAAUUUUAGAAGUUGAAGAUAUGAAAGUACGGAAGGGUAUUGCUGCCACAACAAGAAAAAAAACCAACUCUAUGUCACAAGGUGCUACUUUUUAUUUUUUAACAUGAUAAAGUUUCCCAUUCAAACGUUUUAAUCUGAUAAAUUUCACAUUUUAAUGUGAUAAAAUUCACAUUGUAACGUGUCACUUGUUACAACAUGAUAUUUUGCACUUGUGUCUUUAUAAAUCAAAGUUACGAGCUACAUAACACAUGAUAACUGACCGGAUCAAAACGUGGCAUUUAUCACGUUAUAUAGCAUGAAAUUCCUUUUAUUAAAACAUGAUAUUUAUCAGCGUGGCAACAAUACACAUCUGUUGGAAAGCUCUAAAGAAGGCGGUUUGGCUUGAGGAUAAUCAUGAGCCAUUUGAAGAGAGACACACACACCACGUGUACCCGAAUUAAUACCAACUAAUUAAGUGUAUAGAAGGUGACAACUAGCAAGUGGAUUGUCUCCCCCUUUAUUUAUUUCUUUGCCUGUUUUUUCUUUCCCUAUCAAGAGGAUGCGUGAAUAUUUCCAACCCAACACGUCAAGAUGACAUUAGUGACUUGCGUGCAUCUUCUAGUUCCUGCGCUCUUUCACAAACUACUGUUGUGUGCUUUGAACAUUAUUAAUCAGGGCGGCGAGUGUCCGUUUUAGAAGUGCGCGUGUUUAUUUGUGGGUAUCGAUCAGGUUUUGUCAGUGAAUUUUUGUCCUAUUUGUACGGUACUGAAAGUUGUGAGACAGCCCGCUAGUAUUUUCCCCCCUUACAUGAACUUCAACUAUGGGUUAAUAAAAAUAAGGUAUAGAACAUGCUUAAGACAUCGCCCUGGAAAAUGUUUUAAAGUAGUCUGGAGAAAAUUUCAGAGAUAUACUAUAUGUUGAAAUCCUUUCUCGCUUCCCCUUUGAAUGACAAGUGAAAUUACUGCAUGCAUCGUCUUCCUCUUAUCCUAAAGUGUCCCUAAACUUAUUCGGGCAGACUGCGCAGUGAUACUAUAUGACAGCAUGUUAGAUCCAUCUACAGUUCUACACAAAGCACAAUUUAGGCAAUAAUGAGAAUUUAACAGCCCUGCCAGUUGUGUUUGAAAUGGUCGCAGCUGUGUCAUCAUUUGUAGUUUUGCUUCCACAGACCACAUCUGAAUGGAUCCUUGUCCAUCUACAGUGUUUGGGUCCAACGCUCAGCCUUGGAUUCGCUAUCUUCUUUAUUUUCCCCUUUUCUCUUAUCCCCAAUACAGUUUUCUUCCCUCUGUAGCUCUUAUAAAUAUGCUCAAAUGAAAUAUACUCUGUUGUUAGUGGUGAAUGAUGUCUUGUGAUACUCUCAACACCUUUGGAUAGUGCUGUGUUUAUUGUCUAUGAUGUAUACAUAUUAGUAUUUAUGAUAAUGAUAAGUCAGAGAAGAAAAAUAUCUAAGGCUCUUCAGAAUUCUGCUGUAUUCUUACUGUAUGGGCUCCAUGUGAAACAAAAAUGAAAUAAACUUGAAAUUAUUCUGUUGAAGGUUAAAA